AUGAAACUAGUUUUCUGUCUGUCGUUGAUUCUAUUAAUAAGCGCUGCUUAUGCUUAUUAAUCCAAAAAGGAAUACGAUAUUUUAAUGAGCAACUUUGCUUACUAAGCCAGGGAUGAUAAGAAUCUUAUGCAAUCUGUUUAAUUUUUUAUGGAAUCUUAUUUUGGAGGAUCAUCAGAUUCCAAUUCAACAAACAGCAAUUAGAAAGAUAACACUUCUUUACUUUGUAAAGGCUGUAAGCUUUUCUUUAAUUUACUUCAAGAAAUAGACUAACCUCUAGUGAGAGCAUUAGAAAAACUUUUAAACGAUGUCGCUACCAAAGAAUGCUUAGUAUCUUACCAUUAUACUGAAGAUGUUUGCAGAUAAUAUGCUCAGGAGAUGAGUCCAUUUAUUGUUGAAUCUAUUUAGUAACAUUUCUUUGAUCCUGACUAUGCAUGUCCUUUUAUCAAAGUGUGUCCUAAAGUUUAUGAAGACAUUGAUAUUGACGCUUUGGUUUAUGAUAUUAUAAAAGAAAAACCAAAAAUAACUUAAAUUAAGCAAUCUAGUGGUAAAACUUUGAAAGUGCUUUAGUUGGCUGAUGUUCAUAUCGAUUUAGAAUAUCAAGAAGGAUUUCCAACAACAUGCAAUUAUCCUAUUUGCUGCAGAAAUAAUACAUUCACUUUGAACAAAGAAGAUAGAUUCCUAUAGCAAGGUGAACUUAGUGGUUACUGGGGAACACUAGGAAUUUGUGAUUUGCCUCUAAGAACAUUUGAUUAAUUUGUUCAAUUCGUCAAGAAAAAUUUAACAGAUAUCGAUCUUGUAAUUUGGACUGGAGAUAAUGUAGGUCAUGAUGAAGAAAAUUCAGAAAUAAACAGAAACUUUAACAUAACAAAAUUAGUCACUGAAAAACUUAGAGAAAAUUGGAAUUUCACAGUAAUAGGUUCAUAUGGCAAUAACGAUGCUGCUCCUGAUUAUAUUUAUGAAUUUUAAGGAAACCUUGAUUCCAAAUUGUAAAGAGAUACUGCAGAAAUAUGGAAAUAAUGGCUUGACGAAAAAGCUCAAUAGACUUUAAGCUAGCAUGGUUACUUUGCAACCAGAGUACCACAUCUUCCUAAUCUUAAAAUUAUUAGCUUGAAUACAUUUGCUUGCACUGAAAAGAACUAUGUUCUUUUGAGAGAUUCUACUGAUCCUGGCAAAUAAUUAUAAUGGCUAAACCAAGAGCUUUCAGAAAGUGAAGAAAAAGGAGAAAAUGUUUACAUUCUCGGCCAUAUUCCAAACAACUUUUGUUCUGAAAAUUGGGGAAAAGUUUAUAAAGCCUUAGCAGAGAGAUAUUAAUCAAUCAUUAAAGCCUAACUUUUUGGUCACACACAUUCUGAUUACUUUACUUUAUAAAGAUCAGCCUUAAACGUGAAUGAAACUAUUGGUGUUCAAUUAAUUACUCCUUCCCUAACUCCAAACUAUAAAAAGAAUCCAUCUUUCAGAGUUUAUCAUGUAGAUGCAGAAACUUAUGAAGUUUUAGAUUUCGAUCAGUAUAGACUUAAUUUAACAAAAUACAAUGAACUAGGUGCUUCAGCUUAGAACUUAGAGUGGGAUUUGCAAUAUUCAUUCAAACAAACCUACAACUUGACUGAUAUGUCAUUACAAAGCUUAGACAAUUUAGCUUAAUACUUAACAUCCAAAAAUGAUGUUUAUGACCUUAUGAAUAUGAACUACUUAACUCUCUACUAAGCUCCUUCAGACUACACCUAAAAUCUCCUUUGUCUUUCUACAUAAGCUCUCACAGAGGAAUUCACUAAAUGUUAAGGAUAAAUUCCCUAUUCCGGAAUAGAACAAAAAGUCUUCCAUAUGAUUGAAAAAAAUUGGAGAAGAAAGAUUGAUUAAAAUAACUGA